CUCGCACCGGCCCCUUUGUGAGCGAAGGGGCCGGGGGGGAAUGCGGAGCGCGGCGGCGCCGGGCGGCGGGGAGCGGGGCCGCCUCCGUUUGGCUUCGGGGCGGGAGAGCGGCGGGGGCCGGGCCGGCCAGCGCCGCUGUAGCCCCGGCACUGAGCGGUCGCUCGCACCGGAGGCACCGCCGCCCGCCCGUGGCCCCGGAGGUGCCUAGAGAUGGAUCUGCUCUUAAGGAAAGCUGUGCAAAAACUGGGAAAUGCUGUAUCGGAGCUUUUGAAUUUGGACCACUUUCAGGCCUGACAUCCAGAAACUCAUCCCUAUGGGUGGCAGAGACAAAGAGGCUGGAUGCAAAGGAGGAAGCAUGGUAAAGGCAGCAUCUUUCCAGGAUUCAUGGGCUCUUUGAGAGAUGAUCAGAGGGAGGCCAGAUGAUCUGCACAACACGCACACCACUGUUUCUCGUCUGCAAAGGCAGCAUCGAAGCAUUCUCCCCAGCCCUGCGCCACCCGGCUUGCCCGAUCGUUUCCGGAUGUUUCGYAGCUGCGAGUGGGAAGUGCUGGAGCGAUCCCUCAAUAUCCUUCAGGCCAGUGACUUCUACUGGGGCCCCUUGUCUGUGGGGGAGGCUCACGCCAAGCUCCAGCGGGAGCCUGUGGGCACCUACUUGGUACGAGACAGCUCGCAGGGGAACUGCUUGUUCAGCCUGAGCGUGCGGAUGCCUGCUGGGCCCAUCAGCCUUCGAAUCUCUUUCCAGGAGGGCUAUUUCCGCCUCAAGAACUGGUUUUCAGACUGUGUGGUACGGCUGUUGGAGCUGGUGGUGGCAGGGACCCGGAACAACCCCUUGCACUUUGACGAGAUGGGGGGAACUCCCCUGGUCUUCUCUGAGCCCCUGUGCCGGAGCCGCCGUGCAGUGCCCACGCUGCGAGAACUGUGCUGCCGUAGCCUCCCUGCUGAUGCCAUGACAAGGGAYAGAGCAGGGCUGGGGGGCUCCUUGGGGAUGUGUCUGGGGGAAGAGGUGUUCUCACUCCUGGACAGAAGGGGAGGGUCAGAAGGGAGUGUUGUCCCCAGCCCCUCUCUGUCCUGGGCUGGGAGAUGAUGCCAUUCAUAUGGGAGCUGCCUCUUUUAUGGCUGUGCUGGUGGGAUGUGUGCCACACCAGUGAGGCUGGACUGGCUGCUGGGAGAGGAAGAGCUUGAACCACAGCUUGAAUGGCUGUGACAGGUGCGUCCUCAUACAUAAGCAGCAUGUGUGACUUUCCCCAGAGAUGCCUGGGGUAAAGCUGAACAUGAAGAGCAGACAUUUCCACCAUCACCAAGUCCUGCUCAUUGCUCCAUUUGUAACUUWAAAGCUUCAGAAGAAGGUGAGGUGCCUGUCUUCCCAGGUCAGCCCUGUGKUUUUUUCUACCCCAAAGUGCCUGAGCUCCUUUCUGGUUCAAAUCUGCCCUUGUGAAGUGGUGCAGCUGAGUUCAGUCCCACAGCAGAGCAGCUUGGACAUCGGUGGGCAUGACCCUGUGCUGACUCACGAAGCUGUGGUGGAGCAAGAGCACUUUUCACUCCUGGCAGCACGAAUGCGAUGCCUGUUACAUCAGAGGCCGGCGUUUGCACCGGAGUGAAACCAUUGCAGCYGUGUACGAUAUCUGCAGCUUCACUGGCUUUUGCGUUGCUUUAUUUGAUCGGAUUUUUGGGCAUGCAGAUGGGUUAUGCUGUACUAAGGGCAUGGCAUUCCUGUAGAGAUAACCCUGGUCUGGAGAGUCAUAUCUGCCCUGGGAGGAUGUAAAGAGAUGGGAUCCUGCACCCUUUCUCAGGAGGUGAUUAAGCUCAUCUGAUAGUGUGCUGCUGCCAUCUGUUGAGCAUCAGAAAAUGUUUUGGUUUUGCCUCUGAAAAGGCAAAGAAUUUUUAAUAUAAAAUUUCUGAAAUUUUAAUAAAAUUUUGUAUUGAUUUUUAAGUCAGCAAAUACAUGGCGAUAACUUCAUUUCCUUGUAAUGUUGGAAGCCCAGUUAGUUUAGUGCAGAGACAUGGCAAUCGAGCUGAAACUGGACAAGUGAAUUUCUCAUAAAGAACAAAAGCUGAGCAUAAAUGAGUGGUCCUAGGUGAGAACAUUAAACGUAAUUCAUCUUAUAGUGUAAUUAGUUGUAGAAUUUUCUAAACAGAGAAUACUUCUGAAAAUCUCAYCCCUGUAUAUUUAAGGAGUUUUUUUAGUACCUUAAAAUUUGUACUGAAUGUUUGAAAAAAGCUGAGUAAUUCAAGACCUUGGAACAGAGCACAUCAUCAGUGAACUUGAACUGGUGAGGAUAAGUACAAAUGGGAGGAACAGAGCUGACUUAAAUAGGGUUAUGGUUCAUUUCAGGGAUAGUCAGGUAUGAUGUCUUCAAAAUAAGUGAUUGAAAACAACCACAUGAAAGGAGAAAUUCAGAUACUGUGAAAUUUGAACCAAACYAUUUUGCAUGCUGCUAAACAGCCAUAGCUGGGCAGGCAGCCUUCUGAGCUCAAGCGGACUUUCCACUUCACACCUGUACAAGAGAAAAAAGCUGAACACGGGAGGAGAGUACAUUGAAUUUGCUCUAUUUUCUUCAGGUGUCUUAUCUGAGGAACCAAAGUGUGUGGUCAGCACAGAGAGUGAGAUACAGGCUGUGAUUCAUCACAGGAGCCCAACUUAGACACUCAGAAUUACUCUCUGGAGGGCUCUGUUGCACUGCUGGUGGUGAGGUGCCUGGCCACRUGUCUCAGGGCAUUGGCUUAUGAACCAAGGUAGUUAAAUAAGUGUCAGGGAAGUGGUGAUCUUGUCCUUGCUGCCCGCUCCUCCCAGCUGCAUGGGGGCCAGAGUAAGUGUGGUGGCCGUGCAGCUCCUGCAUCUCUCAGCCCAGCACAAAAGCAGGAGCUGGAAUUACUAAUUUCUGCAGGGUUUGCAUGUCCUGUAGUAGCUGAUGUGUGGGUGUAGUGUUGCUUGCUGCCAGCAUUUCAGGUGGCUCUGGGCACCUCUGGGACUGGCCCCUGGCUCUUAGGUGAAGCCCCUGCCUAGGCAGGGUCAGCCACACAGCUGCCCUUCCUCUCUGCCACGGAGGAGUGGGACUGGAUCUGCUGCCCCAGGCAUCAUGUUCAUUCCCUCGAUUAUUUUCUUUUUUCAGGGUGUCUGCUGAGGUGCCUUGGCUGACUUCCUGCCUUCCCUGCAGAAAGUGGGGGGUGUGGUGGGGAGGAGCAGUCUAAUUUCUUCCAYGUUUAGAACUGAGCACAGGAAUGCUUCUGUUUUCUGGCCACGGUUAUGUCUCACUGAGGGAAGAGCUUUCYACCCGUAUUGCUCUGACCUGGCUGUGAACUGUUCUCAUUUGGCCACAAAUGAGCAUCUUGGGUUGUAUGGCUGGGGGCUGCAGGAGAGCCCUAUUUGAGGCCUGGAUUGCACUUUAGGAAAAUCACACCAUGGGAGAAGGAAAUAG